AUGGCCGGACGACCUGGGCUCGCUGGGCGUCUUCUGCUGGCGACGCUGGGCCUCGCCAAAGGACUCUGGCACCCUUUGCUCAUCAAAGCUCUGAAAGAUUUCGUAGAGGCGUUUGUGGAAAUGUGGGACGUUCUGGGCAGCAAGGGGCGAAUGAAGAUCGAGUGUGGCAGUUCAUCGACGCAGUUCCUCAGCGAUGCCAUGUUCGUCGACACCUCGCGCACGUCAACAACCAUCACCUGCUCGUCAGCCGGAUGCACAGUGGAACUGGAAACUCCUCUUACCGACUGGUGCGAGGGAGUUGCUCUGGCCGGCCUGGGCAGCACGCUGUCUUUUACGCUCCUCGUGAGCCAGAUUCUGCACUGGCUUUCAAUAGCGUGA